AUGCUCUGAAGAGGGUGUUUGUACCUUUAGCCACCAAAAGCUUGCAAAAAGGAAGUUGCAAUCUUCUGCUGGAACAGAGGCUUUGGAAAACUGUAAAAAGCAGAAUCACUGCCUCCCAAACACAGUAAUUGUGCAGACCAGACAUCCCUUUGAUGAGGAGUAGCCACAUGUUUAAGAGAAUGGCAGUGGUCUCUGCAAUGUCCUGGGUCCUGUAUUUGUGGAUAAGUGCCUGUGCAAUGCUGCUCUGUCAGGGGUCCCUCCAUCACACUUUCCAGCAGCAUCACCUGCACAGACCAGAAGGAGGAACGUGUGAAGUUAUAGCAGCACACAGAUGCUGUAAUAAGAAUCGAAUUGAGGAAAGAUCACAAACAGUAAAAUGCUCCUGUCUACCUGGGAAAGUGGCUGGGACUACAAGAAACAGACCUUCCUGUGUUGAUGCUUCUAUAGUGAUUGGGAAAUGGUGGUGUGAGAUGGAGCCCUGCCUAGAAGGAGAGGAAUGUAAGACGUUGCCUGAUAAUUCUGGAUGGAUGUGUGCAACUGGCAAUAAAAUCAAGACCACCAGAAUCCACCCAAGGACUUAACAGAGCGCCCACGUCUGCACAGUGAAAGCCCUGCUGAUUUAUGAGGACAAAGUAUUGAAAGUUUAAAACCAUCUCAGCAUUUACAAGCCAAAUGGAUUUCUUAUUUGCACUUUGACUGUUUACCAGAAAACAACAGUGGCUUUACUGUGUGAAAGAAAGGAUUCGGUGGAAAUAAUGGCCCUGAUUUUUGACAGCAGAAAAUAAAAAAUGAAGAAAGUGGUUCCUUUGGUAAAGUUUCUGAGAUUGCAAAGUACAAGCAACAGUAUAAGUUUGGAUCUACAAUUUACUUUAUACCAGUUAA